AUGGCUACCUCACUAUUGAAAACACUGCCAUGCUCAGGCCCUGCACCCCCAGUAGAUGCUGGUUACUCCAAUGCUAUCAUGGAGGCCCGAGAAGAGAUAAGAGAAGUGAUGCUCCAAUACACCAGCUGUGCAGAUCCCACUGAAAGUGCUGCAAGGAAAGAAAGAAUGCGGUUAGCAGAAGAAAAAGGAGAAGCUGAGGAAAUUGCUAGAAAUAUGGUUGCAGCAAACUCCGCCAUUAAUGCAUCUAUAUUAAAUGCUACUCCCUUACCUACCAACGCUGAGACUAGGAGUGAAACCCUUCUCAACAUUAAUGAGGAUAAUUCAUCUAGACUACCAGCUCUAGCAAGAUUAGGCCCACCAGCAGAUGCGGCCAACAUCUCUAUGAACCUUGAGCACGAACGUGUUCCAGUGAAAAAGAGACUGGGAAGACCCCCACUUACAAAAAAUAAACCAAAGGCCUUGGGAGUCAAGACAGGAGCUGGAACAGGAACAACUAAGAGAAGGGUUGCUCCAGUACGGGUUUCUCCCAAAAGACGGUCUGCUCCAUCUUCUUCUACUAGAGGAGGAGGCUCAAAAAGAAAGACAACUCCUCAACAGUCUAAUUCCUUACAGGGGAACAGUUCUGCGACAACCUCUCAACCCCAAGCUCAGAUCAUACCUGCGGUGGUGAGAAGGAGGGUGGAUUUUCAGAAUCCACCCGAUCUAGUUCCUUAA